AACAUGAGAUGAGACUUGAAAAUACAGCAAAUUGAGUGUUUAUGAUAUUAACUAAUCAUUCAAAUAAAAAUAAUCCCUCAACCGGAAAAGUACCUAACAACAACAUCACGUUCACAGCUUCUACCGAUUGAAAAGCUCCACCAACAAUAAUAACCUCUGAUUUCUUCUUCCACUUUCUCUGUGUGAGAUUGAAGAAGAAGAAGAAGAAGAUGGGGAUUGCAGUGGCGAGUGUUGAUUUGCUGAGUGAAAAGGCAGCGUUGAUGAGAGAGUCUCUGCAGAAGAGCCAAACCAUCGCAGACAACGUCGUCACCAUUCUGGGUUCCUUCGACCACCGUCUCUCCGCCCUAGAAACCGCCAUGCGUCCCACUCAGAUUAGAACUCACUCCAUAAGGAAGGCUCAUGAGAAUAUUGAUAGGACUCUGAAGGCUGCGGAGGUUAUAUUGGCUCACUUUGAUCAAUAUCGUCAGGCAGAGGCAAAAAUACUUAAAGGGCCACAUGAAGACCUGGAAAACUAUCUUGAAGCAAUUGAUAAGUUGAGAAGCAAUAUUCAGUUUUUUGGCAGCAAGAAGGGUUUUAAGAGCAGUGACGGUAUUGUCAUCCACGCUAAUAAUUUGCUAGCUAAGGCUAUUUCGAAGCUAGAAGAUGAGUUUAAGCAGUUAUUAUCAUCUUACAGCAAACCUGUGGAACCUGAGCGCCUCUUUGAUUGCCUUCCAAAUUCAAUGCGACCUUCAUCAGGAUCACCUGGCCAUGAGGGUGACCCUAGUGGCAAGAAUCCUAAUCACCAUUCUGAGCAUCACAACAAUAAUGGUGAUGCUGUUGUAUACACACCUCCCGCUCUUAUACCACCAAGAUUUUUGCCACUGCUACAUGAUUUAGCACAGCAAAUGGUUGAAGCUGGUCACCAGCAGCAGCUACUCAAAAUAUACAGAGAUGCCCGUUCAAAUGUAUUGGAAGAGAGCCUCCAAAAGCUUGGAGUUGAGAAACUCAACAAAGAUGAUGUUCAAAAGCUGCAAUGGGAGAUUUUGGAAGCCAAAAUUGGAAACUGGAUUCAUUUCAUGCGUAUAGCAGUGAAAUUGUUGUUUGCUGGUGAGAGAAAAGUUUGUGAUCAGAUAUUUGAAGGCUUUGAUUCACUUAGUGAACAGUGUUUUGCCGAGGUGACUACAAACAGUGUCUCAAUGCUACUCAGUUUUGGAGAAGCAAUUGCCAAAAGCAAGAGAUCUCCAGAAAAGUUAUUUGUACUAUUGGACAUGUAUGAAAUAAUGCAAGAGCUUCACUCAGAGAUUGAAACUCUUUUUAAAGGCAAAGCUUGCUCUGGAAUAAAAGAAGCUGCUACUAGUUUGACAAAACGACUUGCACAAACAGCCCAGGAGACCUUUGGAGAUUUUGAAGAGGCAGUCGAGAAAGAUGCUACAAAGACUGCAGUAACAGAUGGAACUGUCCAUCCUUUGACGAGCUAUGUGAUUAACUAUGUGAAGUUUUUAUUUGACUACCAAUCCACCUUGAAGCAACUUUUUCAGGAAUUUGAAAGUGGUGAUGAUUCUUCACAGCUAGCAUCUGUAACAGUGCGGAUAAUGCAAGCUUUGCAAACCAAUUUAGAUGGAAAAUCAAAGCAGUAUAAAGACCCUGCAUUGACACAUCUUUUUCUCAUGAACAAUAUUCAUUAUAUUGUCAGAUCAGUUCGGAGGUCUGAAGCCAAGGAUUUGCUAGGGGAUGAUUGGGUACAACGACAUAGGAGGAUUGUUCAACAGCAUGCAAAUCAAUACAAAAGAAAUGCUUGGGCAAAGAUUCUUCAGUGCCUAUCUAUUCAGGGGCUUACCUCAUCAGGUGGUGGGAGUGGUACUGGUGGCGAUGGCGGAGCCGGAAGCAGUAGUGGUGCUUCAAGAGCAAUUGUUAAAGACAGGUUUAAGAAUUUCAAUGUUAUGUUUGAGGAACUCCAUCAGAAACAAUCUCAGUGGACAGUUCCUGACACCGAGUUGCGAGAGUCUCUUAGGCUUGCAGUUGCUGAAGUCUUGUUGCCAGCCUAUAGAUCAUUUGUCAAACGUUUUGGGCCCCUAGUGGAGAGUGGAAAGAAUCCUCAAAAGUACAUCAAAUACACACCAGAAGAUCUAGACCGAAUGUUGGGUGAAUUUUUUGAAGGAAAAAACAUGAGUGAAACAAAGCGAUAAAAUAAUUGCUGAUAACUUAAGGUUGUAUUUGGUAGCCGAAAAGGAACUAUCGAUUGUUUUUUGUGUGAUGAGAUGGUGAAUGAUUCUGUAUAGUUGCCUUGAUUUGCUGUUUGAGGUGUUAAGGGUGUGUUUGGAAAUUCAUUUUAUUUGUGUUGAAGGGAAGUUUUGCAUUUUUUGAAUGUAUAAAGGUUGAAGCUAUGGCAGUGUUGGAUUGACGAUUGACGUUGAAUGUGGGUUAAAUUAAAUGGAACUACAAGGCAAAUGUAUCUCUGCCACGUGUACAAGUUUGUGAUUAUAUGAAUGAAAUGUUAGCAGUCAUGAGGGGAAUUUCAUGUAACAAGGAAUUGGUGUACUAUUCUUGCAUCGAAAUUCAAACAGGAAGCCGCAGCCAAAUAAGAAUGUAAACUCUUCAAAGUGUUUUGUUGAAGAAACUGGCCAAAGUUUUGCCGGGUCUUGAAA